GCGCCCGGCUCGAUUCGAGCAAUGAAAGGAGUGCUGCAUUGGAGUUCAAGUUAGGCCAAUACUUUGGGUUUCUCGAGACGAAAGUAGCUGUGUAUGAAUCCAAUAUUUGCAUAGAGGCUAUCUGGAAAUUAUUAGACAGCUAGAAGCAAUGCAUUUCGAGCCCCGUCUUUGUGAUGGUCUAGCAUUGGAAUUUCACCCCCAUGAAGAUUACUUGGACGGAAGAUUGGCUGCUAAAUUCUUGUACAAUCGUGACAUGUGUCAUAUCACUCGCUGCAAAUUUUUGUGAGCUUUCUUUUAUGAUUCCUGAGAGUUUAGGUUGUCUCCUUGCUGAUGAGACAGUCUAUUGAAUUUAAGGUGAGGUGAUAAAAGGAUGGGACGAAGGUGUCGCCACGAUGAAGAGGGGGGAGAGAGCGAUCUUCAUGAUACCUUCGGACUUGGCUUAUGGCGAAGCGGGGUCUCCUCCUCUCGUCCCUCCAAACGCCACUCUCAUUUUCGACAUCGAGAUGGUGUCAUGGACCAGCGUCAGGGAUUUGACGGGAGAUGGAGGAGUCCUGAAGAAGAUUAUCACAGAGGGAGAGGGCUGGGCUACUCCUCGGGACGCUGAUGAAGUUUUAGUAAAAUACGAGGCGAUGCUUGAGGACGGAACUGUCAUCUCGAAGUCCAAUGGAGAUGUGGAGUUUCAAAUCGGGCAUGGUGAUUCUAGUUCCGAAAAAGUGCAUCUGUGUCCAGCGAUGAGCAUAGCGGCGAAAACAAUGAGAAAGGGUGAGAGAGCGGAGCUAGCUGUGAAGUUUUCUUACGGCUUCAGGUGGAGCAGAAGUGUACCUGAAAGCAUGGAACUUGAUGCUUCAGCUGAUUCCAAUUUAGUCAUCCAGCUCAAGUUAAUUGCGUGGAAAAGUGUGGUUGAUGUUACUGGAGAUACGCAAGUGCUCAAGAAGAUCGUAAGAGCCGGUGAAGGCUUUGACCAUCCUGAUGAAGGAUCAGUUGUCAAAGUGGCAUAUACUGGUAAAUUUGAAGAUGGAAGCAUUUUCGAGAAGAAGGGAUCGACUGAGGAGCCUUUUGAGUAUGUAGCUCUUGAAGAACAAGUCAAUGAGGGCCUAGACAGGGCAAUCCUGAGCAUGAGGAAAGGAGAACAAGCCCUUGUGACCGUGAGAACCAACUCAGUUAUCGGUCUAGAUGAUUCGGUGGUCUCGGCAAAUUCAGUGUUGAGUUAUGAAGUUGAAUUGAUCGACUUUACCAAGGACAAACCAUUUUGGAAGAUGAACACUUGCGAAAAGUUAGAAGCAUGCGAAAGCACAAAGAAUGACGGAAAUUGUCUGUUCAAGAAAGGGAAGUUCUGUCGUGCGUUGAAGAAAUACGAGAAGGCUGAGAAAUACAUACAGUUUGACCACUGUUUUACUGAUGAAGAGAAGAGAUCAGCGAAUGCCUUGCGUCUUUCAUGCUAUUUGAACAAUGCUGCUUGUAAACUUAGAUUGGGGGACUAUAGUGGAGCCACAAAAUUCUGUACAAAGGCCCUGGAUCUUGAUCCUUGCAAUAUCAAGGCUCUGUACAGGAGAUCACAAGCAUACCUGAAAAGUUCCGACUUCGACGAGGCCGAGGGUGAUAUUAACAAAGCAUUAAUUCUCCAACCAGAUAAUAGAGAUGUGAAACUUGUGUUCAAGGAGCUAAAAGACAAGCAGAAGGAAUACAGGGUAUAUCAGGCCGAGAUAUCUCGGACAAUGCUCUCGAGGAUGGCCUAAAACAGAGCAAAAGCAGUUAUGAGCAUCGAACUGCAUAUCUUCCCAUUGAAAUUGUUCUUCUUUGUACAAUGUUGUCUACAUCAUAUGGCCUGUAAAGUGCAAUCUAGAGCAUCGUGAUCACGUGCUUAUUGUCUGUCAUUGUAGCAUGAAAGAGCUGAUGGACAAUGAACAGAUUAUAUGUUUCUUCCUAGCUGUUUGCUUACUUUCCUGAA